CGAAGCCGGGGGCGGGGAAUACGAGUUCUACGUUGUUCGGAAACAGAAAACCAUUGAAGUUGGUCGAGGAAGUUUGUUUGGAGAGUCGGUUUUGUAUUUCAAAGCAGGAAAACGGUUGGUUUAGGGAGUUUCUGUAGCCUGGUCAUUGAGAAAUAAGGGCGACCUUUGUAGCAAUUAAAAAAAAAAAAGAAAGAGUCAUUCGCGGAACUGAAGAGUUUAUUUGAAGGAAGUGCAGCGGCGAGGUUCGGAGACAGUUUUGUGAGGUAAACAAGAUUAACUCAAUCAGGUCCGAGGUAUAUCCUCAUUGAAUCGAGUUACUUACAGAAUAUUUAUCGAAAAGGAAGGACAUGAGCAACAGAGAAGACGAAUAUGAUUAUCUGUUUAAAAUCGUGCUGAUCGGAGACUCGGGCGUGGGGAAGACUAACCUGCUGUCCCGUUUCACCCGCAAUGAGUUCAACCUGGAGAGCAAGAGCACCAUCGGGGUGGAGUUCGCCACCCGCAGCAUCAACGUGGAGGGCAAGACCGUGAAGGCACAGAUCUGGGACACGGCCGGGCAGGAGCGCUACCGAGCCAUCACGUCCGCGUAUUACCGUGGGGCGGUGGGUGCUCUGCUGGUCUAUGACAUCGCCAAGCACCUGACCUACGAGAAUGGAGAGCGCUGGCUCAAGGAGCUGCGGGACCACGCGGACUCCAACAUUGUCAUCAUGCUGGUGGGGAACAAGAGCGACCUGCGGCACCUUCGCGCCGUGCCCACUGACGAGGCCCGGGCGUUCUCCGAGAAGAAUGGCCUGUCGUUUAUUGAGACCUCGGCGCUGGACUCCUCGAAUGUAGAACUGGCUUUUCAGACCAGCCUGACAGAGAUCUACAGGAUUGUGUCUCAGAGGCAGAUGUCCGGCCGGCCUGACUCGGACUUCGCUCCCAGCAGUAACGUGGUUCCCAUCACCGUGCAGCCCACGAACCAGGCGCCCAAGCAGGCAGCCUGCUGCCAGAACAUGUGACCCCCCUCGGGGCGCGGUGAGGCUGGGAGACGGCGCCACCAGGAGGCGCUCAUGGAGCGGUGCCUUGCAGUCCUGCCAAUCAGAGCGAGGGGCCAUUGUAACGACUGGACCCCCGACACUGAGAGCAGCACGGGCACGUCUACACGUGUGCUGAGGGCUUGCAUUCUUUAUUUUACUGUGUUUUCAUUUUAAACUGUGUGUGAGCUGUGGGUUGUUGGUAGGGCAGGUAAAAAAUCUGUUGCUAACGGAGCGGUUUCUGCUUGUAUGCAUACUGUACCUUCAACAUUUAUUUGGGGGGGGGUAUUUUAUAAGAGUUUAAGACACAGACUUCUCCAUUGAACUUCCUCAUCUGAGUGGUGGUUUUAAUUUCUUCUAUUUAAAGGGGUCCACCAAGCAUUUUGGUUUUAUUUUACAUGUCAUUAAACAUGCACACAAGUUCCUGGCUAACUUAUUUUUUUUUUGUCCAGGUUGGUUUCACAGACCCAGAUUUGCACUAAUCUUGGACUUCUGUACCAUAAUCCAAGUGCUAAACUGGGACGUGUGAAACUAGCCAUUGUAAAGUGAGCAACAAAACAAUUCCAGUGAAUGUCACCCAAUAUGCAUUGCCAUGCCUUUUGUAGAGCUGGCAUGUCCUAUAUGAAAGAUGCGCACGUUCUGUUCACUCGUUCAACUGUCAUUUUUUCAUACUGCUUAGAUUUUGUUUUACAAAGAAGUGGAGAAUCAGAUCUGAAAAAUAGCAUUAAAAAUGCACUUCCCUUUCAUAUAGGAAGAUGUGGGAUCUAAGAAAGGAUGCCUAACUAUAUCUGAUUUGCUGGCAUUGUUUUGUCUGCUCUGUGUACCUGGUGGAGCUCCUUGUGUUUCUCUCCGUGGGCUGCAUCCAGCUUUCCUGCAUCGCUGGAGGUUCUUGUGUUGAAGCAGGGUUUUAAUUCAAACUAGAAAAUCAGUGUUUUGAUGAAGGAAUUAGCCAGUACAUUUGUCCACUUGCUUUCCUGGUAAAUUGUACUUUAUAAUUCCUGACUGUUUUGAAUUAAGUAGUUUCAAUAAUCCUUUUUAACUGAUUUAUUUAUUUUUUGCAUUCCCCUUACUAUUUUAUGGUGUUUAAUCAUUCUGAGUGAUUCUGGGUUCAGUUUGCUCCAAUAAUGAAGUCUUUUUUUUCUCUCUCUCUAAAUCUGCCUUCACCUGGCUUUGAGCUCAUCUGGAUAAUCCUAACAGCCAGGACUGAACGGCCUUCCUCAUGCCAUUCAAAUCAUGUGACAAUGUGACCUUUCAACGUCAAAUGUCACGUGAUCAGAACCGAAUAAGGAAGGCUGUUCAGUCCAGGCACCUCGGAUUCUCUAGACAAGCUCAGAUAAAAGCAGAUUAAAACUCGGGCAGGUAAAAACUCUAUAUUGGCGAACCACUCAACGAUCCCAAACGCCAUAAAUAAGUUGGGGAUUUGUAAAAAAUAAAAAAAAAAAGUUUUUAAAAUGACAUUUGAGCGAAGAGAAACCCAACAUCAAGGGAUCUGUUAGAAUGUGCUCCGAGUGAAGGCAGGUUAACCUUUUUUAAAUUUACACAAAACAAGGACGCGUCUGGGGGCAGGAGGAUUGUAAACACCAGCAUAUUCAAUCAGGGAUGAACGUUUCGUUUUUAGUGGUUAGGUUUUGGUUUUGUUUUUUUCUUCUCCAGCUCCACACAGUGCUUGUGGGUCUCGGUUUGGGAUGUGGGGAAUCUCUGUACCUCGCAGUCAUCACACUUGUGUUUGUUAAUCCUUCAUCUCAUCCCUGUUUUGUUGUAACGGGAUCAUCUGAUCAAAUAUGUAAACACUUCUAUUUGUUUUUGUUUGCUAUUGUACUUUUUACAUGCUAAGCAUUGGCGAGGCUUCAGGCAGGCCACUACAACAGCCAGAGUGAGAGCUGCUUUUUGUUGUUUUGACUUUAUGUACCUGCUGAAAGAGUUUCAAGUCUGUAAUCAAACACCAAUCGAAUUCUGCUCAGUGUAAUGGGGCUGUGAUUCCUGCUGAUUCCUGUAAUCGCUAGAGUGAAUUGUGUGUAGAGAGUAGAUCUUGUGUUUAUUUUUGUUCAUGUAUUUUCUGUCUAUACUGUAAAUAUAUACAUUUGAUGUAUUUCAGUAAUAUACAGUUUUCUUCUUAAAUGAUUUGUCAAUUGUAAGUUAAGUAAAACAGACUAAUAAAUAA